AUGAGUGUCAAAGAGGGUGUGAAAAUUAAGAAUUAUCAAUUUGUGGCACCGGACGGAGGUUGGGGUUAUGUUAUUUGGAUUGCGGUCAUAAUUAACUUGAUAGCCACCUCAUCAUUCGUAGGAUGUUUCGGAAUAAUAUUCAAGGACCUGUUUAUCCAAUUAGAAAUGGGAUCGACAAGCGUAACUUUGUUGAAUGGUGUGACCGCCAUGUGUGUAGCAAUUUCUGGGUUCGUGACCGGACCGUUGCUAAAAUUUAUAAGUAUGAGGCAACUUGGACUGCUUGCUGUUAUUGUAUUUAAUUUAGGCUCUAUUGGACUCGUCUUUGUUAAUUCCAUACCAGUUUUCUUCCUUUGCCAAGGUAUUUUUCAGAGUCUUGGAGUUGGUGCCCUUUAUAAUAUAUCGUUUUCAAUAAUAAACGAUUAUUUUGUGAAACGUCGAUUAUUGACGAUAAGUUUGGUACAAAGCGUUGCAGCUUCUGUGGCAUUAUUCUCACCUCAGCUGGUUAACAUUAUCAUAGAAAAUUAUGGCUUUCGAGGGACAUUAUUUUUUUUAGCGGCUAUUAAUAUGCAUACGUUUGUUUCUGUGAUACUAAUGCAACCAGUGGACUGGCAUUUAAAAAGAGUCGAAGUGCAAAACUUGGAAGAAAACGAAACCAUAUUACUCAUGGUUGAAAAUAAAAGUAGUCCGGAUGAACACAUAGUGAAAUUGUCUGAUAAAGAAAUAGAAAGCAAUAAGUACACAGGGAAGAAUGGGGAAAAAGAUUUAGAAUUAGAUUCAGAACGAGUAGAGAAAAGAACUAUUAAGGAAAUAAUUUUUGAAGCUGUCGAUUUAUCCCUUAUGCGAUCGUUUUUACUGACGAACGCCGCUCUAGGCAUGGCACUGUGUUCAUUCGCAGAUCUAACAUUUUCUUUAAUUCUGCCACAAACUUUAUAUGCAAUGAAAUGGUCUGAGAGUGAUGUGGCUUCGGCUAUUUCAUUGAAUAACUUAGGUGAUCUUGUAACCAGAAUAUUGUUCAUAUUCCUUAACUCAUUAUUAUCGAGGUUUGAAACUCAAUAUAUUUACAUCGUUGGAUUAUUCGUGGCCGUUAUAGGGCGAAUAGGUAUGCUGGGGUCAGAAAACUUUACAGUGAUUCUCAGUUUCCUGACGGUUUUGGGUUCGGCUCGAUGCAUUAUUUUCAUGCUGAUGCCUUUGGUGAUAGCAGAGGCUGUGCAACCUGAACAGUUCACAUCAGCCAUGGGCAUAUUCAUGAUGGUGUAUGGGUUAAUUAAUUUACUUUUGGGACCGGUAAUAGGUGCCGUUCGUGAUUUGACCGACAGUUAUCCGACUGCCAUUUAUAUACUAACAUCUUGUUUUGCAAUUGUAAUUAUAUUCUGGAUCGUUGAGAUAUGCUACAAGAAGAACAAGCAUAAAAGAAAGGCACGCACCUUCACUGCUGAGAAGCGG